CGUGUAUUGCAGUUUGUGGAAGAGUUGGUGAUAAAAGCUAAUUUUCUUUUUUCUUUCUUUCUUCAGUUAUCUAGUCAGAGCGAAGUCAUUGCAAGGGUCGUUCAGAGACUGUGUGAAAAAAGAAAGAAGAAUGUCCUCGCGUAUGGAUACUCCUUACUGAACGAAAACAGUUCUCACUUCCAAAUCAUGCCGUCUUCAAAUAUAUACAGCUACUUACCCAAUACUGCAACAGAAACUAUUCGUAUCAGUGGCCUCUGGGAAACACUGCUGAGCAGGAUAGGCGAUGAUGUGAUGAUGUAUUUAUUGGAACACUGUGCAAUCUUUAUGCUGGUUCCCCCUAGUAGUUGUUACCAGGUUUGCGGGCAACCAGUUUAUGAACUUAUUUCACACAAUGUGGACGCAUCCCCAGUCUUUGUUAAACAAAGGUUCUCAAAGCAUAAACGUAGUAGCUUGCUUGACUAUAUACAAAAAAGGCUGGUGUUUCAUAGACAGUAUCUUUCAAAGUCGCAUUGGUGGAAAUGCAGACAAAGACUUGAAGCUAAUGCCCCCAGCAUGGAAAAUAAAAAUAACAAGCUACAAAGCUUAGUGUCCGGUUACCAGUGUUCUGCAAAAGCUGUUUCUAAAGCAAGUAAACAGAUCAGAGUGGUUACUGAACAUCUGGAAAAACAGAGUAGCUCCAGUUUAUAUUUGUCAGCUGCAGCACCAUCUUUAAAAAGGAAACUUGAUAGGGAACAACACGAAAUUCCAGCUAAGAGAGCUAAAGUAGAAGAGAAAGUGAGAGAGGAAAGGGCUUGUAAUAUCACUCCUGAUGUAAACCAAAGUAGUAGUUCCAGGAGAUACGGAACUGAGUGUGUAGCAUCACAUUCUGUAAGUCUCAUUAAAAACCCCCACAUUUCUCAAAGAAGUAACAGUGAUAUGUCUGGUCCUUCUUUAGCUCACACAUCUCGCGACGGGAAGAAGUUUGUGGCAGGUGAAAGCUCUUUUCUGCGAGGAGAUCAGAGUAAAAAACCUUUAAAGUCCAUCAUUGAAAUGCAAGCAGAAUCCCACAGGAAAGGAGUAGAGAUGCGUAUGCGUAGAUCUCAGUUGGAUUCUGUACAAAUCAAACCCAUGGAGGGUAUUUCUUCAAAAUGCAGAAGGCAGGAAAGUCCCCUAGCUCAUUUGGCAAAGAAGUUACCAAAUACGCUCUUGCGCUCUGCAGUAUAUGUUGACAGGAAGUUUCUUCUGUAUUCUCACAGGAGUUUCCAAGAAGGUUUUCCUAAAUCGUUUUUACUGAAUCGCUUGCAGGGCUGUCAGGCAGGUGGAAGGCGGCUUAUAGAAGCUAUAUUCUUGAGCCAAAAUCCCUUGGAGCAAAAGCACAACCAAAGUCUGCCACAUCACAGCUGGAGAAAGAAGAGGUUGCCCAAACGCUACUGGCAAAUGAGACAGACGUUUCAGAAACUGUUAAGGAACCAUGGAAAGUGCCCUUACUUAGUUCUCUUGAAAAAAAAUUGCCCUGUCUGGAUAUCUGAAACCAAUGUGAGAAAAACUGAGCUGCCUUGUCAGGCAGCCUUGCCUGGGGAAGCAGAGGUUCAUGACCAAGUCGAACACAGUUGUGAAUCUGGUCACACUGAUGUGCCAGACAACUUAAGUGCUCCUCUUGGAAAAUCUGUGCUUGAGGAGUCUCAGAGUGAGGAGCAAAACUCGGGAGAGGUGUGUGAUUCAGCCCUCGGGGAGCUCCUCAAGCAGCACAGCAGCCACUGGCGGGGGGAGUGCCUGGAGCGGGUCAUCCCCGCUGAGCUUUGGGGUUCAAACCAUAACAAGUGCCGGUUCUUAAAAAAUGUAAAAGCGUUCAUUUCCAUGGGGAAGUUUGCUAAGCUUUCGUUGCAGGAGUUGAUGUGGAAGAUGAGAGUGAAUGACUGCAUGUGGCUCCGUCUAGUCAAAGGUGAUCACUUUGUUCCUGCCUAUGAACAUUGUUUCCGUGAAGAACUGUUGGCUAAAUUCCUAUACUGGCUGAUGGAUACGUAUGUUGUUGAGUUGCUCAGAUCAUUUUUCUAUAUCACCGAGACCAUGUUCCAGAAAAACAUGCUUUUCUACUACCGAAAGUUUAUUUGGGGCAAGUUACAGAACAUUGGAAUUAGAAACCAUUUUGCCAAAGUACAUCUGCGUGCUUUAUCUUCAGAGGAGAUUGAAGCUAUCCGUCAAAAAAAAUACGUUCCUAUUGCAUCAAAGCUCCGGUUCAUUCCCAAAGCGAAUGGGUUAAGACCCAUAGUAAAAGUGAGCGGUGUUGUUGAAGCACGAGCAUUCAGCAGGGAAAGCAGAGAAAAGAAGAUGCAUCACUACAACACUCGACUAAAAAAUCUGUUUAGUGUGUUAAAUUAUGAACGGACUGUAAACACCAGUUUUAUCGGCUCUUCAGUGUUUGGGAAGGAUGAUAUCUACAAGACAUGGAAGAAGUUUGUUACAAAGGUUCUUGAAUCAGAUGGUGAAAUUCCUCAUUUCUACUAUGUAAAGGCUGAUGUGUCCAGGGCUUAUGAUACCAUUCCUCACAAUAAACUUGUGGAAGUGAUUUCACGGAUCUUAAACCCUGAGAAAAGAACUGUCUACUGCAUACGGCGCUAUGCUGUGAUUAUGAUUACCACAAGUGGAAAAGCCAGGAGGUUCUAUAGGAGACAUGUUUCUACUUUCAAGGAUUUUAUGCCAGACAUGAAGCAGUUUGUGUCCCAGCUUCAGGAGAAUGCCUCGUUGCAAAAUGCAAUAAUAGUUGAACAGAGCUUAACUUUUAAUGAGACAAGUUCCAGCCUGUUUACUUUUUUCCUUCAAAUGAUACAUAACAACAUCCUGGAGAUUGGGAGCAGGUACUACUUACAGUGCUGUGGAAUUCCACAGGGCUCCAUUUUGUCAACCUUACUUUGCAGCUUAUGCUAUGGGGACAUGGAAAACAAAUUACUCUGUGGAGUGCAGCAGGAUGGAGUCCUAAUACGUCUCAUUGAUGACUUUUUGCUGGUUACGCCACAUCUAAAGCAGGCAAGAACUUUUCUGAGGACUCUAGCAACAGGUAUUCCUGAGUAUGGCUUUUUAAUAAACCCCAAUAAGACAGUCGUGAAUUUUCCUGUUGAUGAUAUCCCAGGAUGUUCCAAAUUUAAACAGCUGCCAGAUUGUCGCUUGAUCCCGUGGUGUGGUUUAUUAUUAGAUAUACAGACACUUGAGGUUUACUGCGAUUACUCCAG